GCUAGUCUGAACCAAUCAGACCAUUUUAUUCCUCCCCAUGGCCGAUGCAUAGCAAGGGAUAAACCAUAUUUGUCUGUGUUCUUGCAUGCCUUACUGGCUUACUGCUCCUCCACUUUAUAAUGCAACAAGCUCGAACUAGCAGGCAUAACAUCCAGUAACAGUUUACAACUGACAAGAGAGGAUCGAAUAACCUGAGCAAGCCAUGUUCAGAGCUGGAGGGUGCAGCUCCCAGGUCACUAGAUGCAUUCAUCUAGGGAAGAGCCCAGCUGAUCAAGCUUCCUCAUUGUCUCCACCUAAUGCCGUCAAGGUGCAAUCUUCAGUUACUGGGUGGAAUAAGCAGCCACUGAUGCAGGAAUUGACAAAAGCUCUGAAAUCAGUCUCUUCAGAUCUGCUGGACCGAUUCAUCGACUCCGUGUACAAGUUUUCUGAGCAGCCUUAUCUGAAUGAGGUAAAUAUAAAGAUUGUUAAUGUAUGCAUGUGCUACUAUAUAAUUUGCAAACAUGACAUUGUUCAGCAUCAAAUUUGUGAAGUCGACGAGCAACUUUUUUUUUCCAUCUCCUUUGUAGUAUCCAAUUUAUCUGACUCAUCAAUUUGGCAUAAUUUUCAUCUGAGUCUUCUACAGGGGAAUUUUGGACCUGUAAACGAAAUUGGUGAUGAGGUUUUCAUUGACGAUCUCAAUGGAGAGGUUCCAAAAGAUUUUCCUGAGGGUGUCUAUAUAAGAAAUGGUCCAAACCCUCUUAAUGCAUCACAGACAGCUGCAGAGUCCAUCUUUGGCCCAACAUCAUACAUGUAUUAUGAAGGACAUGGAAUGUUGCAUGCUAUCUACCUUAGCAAGAGCAAUUUAGGAGAAUGGAGGAUUUCGUACAAGAACAAAUAUGUGGACACAGACACUUUUGAAUUAGAGAGAAAGAAGAACAAAAUAGCUUUCCUUCCAUCUGCUGAAGGCGAGCCAUGUGCAACACUGGUUGCUUUUCUUCUUAAUACCGUGAGAUUUGGAAAGCCUGUGAAGGACAGUGCAAAUACUUCCAUAUUUCAGCAUGCUGGACGAGCUUUUGCUGCCACAGAAAAUCAUCUACCUUACGAAAUUGACAUCAAUAAUCUCCGCACCCUAGGACCUUACAACAUUAAUGGAGCUUGGGACCAACCUUUCACUAGCCACCCAAAGAAGAUUUGUGGAAGUGGAGAACUCGUGACGAUGGGAACUAAUAUUGAAAAACCCCACUAUGUGCUUGGAGUAAUUUCCUCUGAUGGUGAGAGGCUUCUUCACAAGGUCGAUCUCAAAUUCGAGGAAGGAAAACUCAUUCAUGACAUCGGAGUAACUGCACAGUACAAUAUUAUAAUGGACUAUCCUCUCCACUUCGGCUUAAUAAGGACAAUUUUACGCAAACCGUGGGUCCCAUACAUAUACACCAUCUUUACUAUGACAACCACUUCUGUGGGAAAUAUGCAUACUGACUUAAUAAUCCAUAAUAAUGUGGUUAUGUUUCUCUUCAGAUUCAUCCAAAAUGAUAUGGGCGGGAUAUCACGCAUUGGAGUGAUGCCUAGGUUUGGUGAUGCUGAUUCCAUCAUCUGGUUUGAUGUGGAGAAUCAUUGCAGUUACCAUUUAUUUAAUUGCUUUGAGGAUGGAAAUGAGGUUGUUAUCAGAGGUUGUCGAACACUUGAUUCGGUACUCUCUAGUGCAAGUCAUGAUGACGACAAGUCAAAAUGUUCUGGAAGAGCAUUUCUCCAGCCAGAUAAGAAUUCAGAAGGUUUUGAUCCAUCAGUAGAUGGCACUCUCUUUUCUCGUCCAUAUGAAUGGAGGCUAAACUUGAAAAGCGGAACUACAAAAGAAGGUUAUCUUACAGAUGAGAAAGUUGCAAUGGAUUUUCCUGUUAUCAAUGAAGACUUUGUUGGGGUCAAAAACAACUACGGAUAUGCACAGGUUGUUGACUCAGUAGCAACCAGUGAAAUAGGUUUAUUCAAGUAUAAUAGGAUAGCAAAGGUACACUUCGACAGGCAAGAUAAGGAAAACAAACAACUGAAAUCAGUGGAGUACCACGUUUUAAAAGAGAAAACCUUCUGCUCUGGAGUUCAGUUUGUUGCAAAGGAAAAUGGAAUAGAUGAAGAUGAUGGAUGGAUAAUAACAUAUGUCCAUGAUGAAUUAACUAAUGUGUCUCAGGUUUACAUUAUUGAUGCAAAGAGAUUUGCAGAAGAACCGGUAUUGAAAAUCACUUUACCUCAAAGAGUUCCAUAUGGGUUUCAUGGAAAUUUUUUCUACAAGUGAUCGUAUAUGCUAUAGAACUUAUAACAACACAUCAAUGAAGUGUAAGAAGUAUUUACAUUAUUAGAAAUAAGCAUGAGUGCAGUACUACCUCAGCGAUGAACUUAGGAGCUUGAUGCUGUUGGUGACUGGUGAUUCCAGAGUCCUGAGAGGCUGCAGCAUAAUGGCACUGAUCCCAAGAAGAAACAUACUACCGCCAGCUGACCAGCUACCAGUGCAAUACUCCCACUACCACAAACUUAGCUACUGGAGGUGAGGCUCCAGGAAGCUGGGAAUUACUCCACAGCAUGAUCAUAUUAGCAAGAAAUAGAUGUUAAGAAUCAGUAUCUUUUCCUCUUUCCUAUGUUCAUGUCAUGUUGUAAUAUGAUGGUCAGUUGGUCAGAAAUCACAAUUGUGAGCUUUGCUUCAAGGGAAGUAUUGAUAAGAAUCAUAGAAACUUCAAAAACCAGGAACCAUUCAUAUGGUACAAUGUUAUUCUCUUUAUUAAUCAA